GAGACGCGUUUGUUGGACUGUGGUAAGAAAUUGAUUCUCAGUGAACAUCAACAACAUUCAUGUAAUCGAAGAGUGAGUGUCGGGGAUCAGAUUGUGAGAGUAAGAAAGAAUCGAAAUUUGGUGAUCGGAGAGUGGAAAAUGGGUACCUCCAAUGCAAUUUCAGAGAACUCCAAUGGCAACAUCAUCAUCAGCAGCAACAUCAACAGCAGCAGCAGCACUGAGACUGCAACGGAAAAUCAGACCCCCCCAGCUGCUCCCUAUGCCCAAGGAGAGAAGGUCUUAGCUAACCACACUAGUUGUCUUUAUGAAGCCAAGGUUAUGGAGAUUGAGUACAGGAACAAUCAAUGGUGGUUCUUUGUUCAUUAUCUUGGUUGGAAGAAAAGUUGGGAUGAAUGGGUUGGUGUGGAUCGUCUGCUGAAGCACACGGCGGAAAACAUGAGCACGAAACAAGCCCUUGAUGAGAAACAUGGCAAUGACAAGAAUGCGAAAGUCCCCCGUGCAUCCCAGGCGAAAUCCAAGGGUUUUAACGUGGGAAGAGGCAGGAAAAGAAAGAAUGAAUCACUGGCUAAGGUAAAAUCAGAGGUUGAUCCUGAUAAAGUUUUCAACAUUCAGAUCCCACCAACACUAAAGAAGCAAUUAGUUGAUGAUUGUGAGUUUAUUACCAAUCUGGGCAAGCUUGUUAAGCUUCCUCGUACUCCUAGUGUGAGCGACAUAGUUAAGAACUAUUUUGAUUACAAAUUGAAGAAAUGUGGCUCGAUCCCUGAUUCAACUGAAGAAAUUAUGAAAGGACUGUGUUUUUACUUUGACAAUGCACUGCCAAAUAUGCUCUUGUACAAGAAUGAGCGUGAGCAGUACAAAGAAGCAUGUCCAAAUGAUAUCUUACCUUCUACUAUAUAUGGUGCUGAACAUUUGCUGCGUCUCUUUGUUAAGUUGCCGGAGUUAUUGCUCAAACUUAGCAUUGAAAGUCAAACAUUGAAAGAACUUCAGGCACAACUACUUGACUUUCUCAGGUUCUUGCAAAGAAAUCAGAGCAAAUUUUUCCUUUCUACUUAUCAUGUCCAAGAAGAUACUGAGAACAGCACCAACAAACAAGGUGACGAGUAGCGUGUUUGAUCCUGGGAAACCCCAUAAUCACUUAUGGGGAGAAGUUACAAAGUGUAGCUUCUGGACUUACCGUGCUUUGGAUUGUGUGUCACCACCAAUCCAAACACACUAUAGGCUUGUCGACUUGGGGACAAAUAUUGAUUUUGGCAUUUUGGAUUGUGCAUAAUACCGGGGGUUUUGCCGCUUUAUAAUACUUGUCCUUGUCGCAGUUUACAUUAUAGAUUAAAAUGUUGCGAUUAGAUUUUUUAAAGUGUUACCCAUAGUUAUUUUUGUUGACAUUGGAUCAAGUGAAACAGUUUAAUUUAGUCCA